GGAUGAAGACAGCGACAGUGGAGCACACUGCCCUGGCCACAUCUGAUGUUAAGGCAAAGAUCAUGUAACUGGAACAGAGGUGAGCCUCGAAGCAGGAGCCCCAAGUCAGCCUCUCCUCUGACAGCUAUCAGCUGCCGCCGCCGCCACCAGCCUGUCCCCUGCCCAGUCCUGUCACUGCCACCUCUCAGCAGGGGCAGAGGAUGAAAGAAGGCAUGUCGAAUAACAGCACCACUAGCAUCUCCCAAGCCCGGAAGGCUGUCGAGCAGCUGAAGAUGGAAGCCUGCAUGGACAGGGUCAAGGUGUCCCAGGCGGCCGCGGACCUCCUGGCCUACUGCGAAGCCCACGUGCGCGAAGACCCGCUCAUCAUCCCAGUGCCUGCGUCAGAAAACCCCUUCCGAGAGAAGAAGUUUUUUUGUACCAUCCUCUGACCCCAUUCAUUAUGAAGCGUCUCCUUUUCCAUCCGGAAACUCCCCGGUAGAACCCGCAUGUCCUUAGCAUUAGGGCUUCCAGCCACCCCUGUCCUCACCCGCCCUAUCGGUUUUCUUCUCUGUGUUCGAUUUCACUACUUCCUGCCAUUCUCGUGUUAUUUGCAUUAUCAGCAAAGAAAGUAGACAGUUUUGUAACAAAUAACGAAUGUGCCAAGUCCAAAUAAGUAUGGGUUUAAGGGUUUCAUUUUUUUUAAACAUCAAUUCCCAGAUUUAAAUACAUCAAGGUAAUAUA